CAGUUAUGGAUAGUCUUGUGAACGCGUUUCUACACCUGCUGCUGGAGUGUAACGUUAAAUAUCAGAUUUUGGUUCGAUGUGGGCCAAUUGGGCAGAGGAGGAGGACGCGACAGCUCCGCCUUCACCUUGUCACAAAAUGCCUCUGGGACAAUUACUCCACGUCAGAUCCUGAGAAAACAACGGAUAAUAAUUCAUUUCCGAAAACCAGCGACACGUGAGAGGCGUUAUGGGAAUGUGACAGUGGACGAUCUUUUCGUUUGUAUGGACAUUUAAACGCGUUUAUUUAUUACGCACGUGUAACUUUUACGCCGAGUUACUGCAGCAGGACGCAUCGAUCUUGCGCUGGCAACUCCCUUUUUAAACGUUAUCUGGUUUGUGUUGUUUGUGGUUUCGAUUAACUUAGGGUUUUGUUGCAAUGGGAUGCUGCGGUAGCACACAGAAGAAGAGAGACUGGAAACCAUUAGAACAGAGGAAGUGUACAGAUAUCCCAUGGCUGCUGUUGUUCAUCCUCUUCAAUAUUGGCAUGCUCUUCAUCUGUGGCUUCGCCAUAGCAACAGGGGCCGCCUCCAGACUCAUAUCAGGGUACGACAGUUAUGGCAACACCUGUGGUCAGAAGAAUGCUGAAAUCCCAGGAAUCGAACUCAGCGGCAGAGACCAGACCUCAAGAAAGUAUGUGUUUUUCCUGGAUCCCUGCAACAUUGAUCUCUUAAGAAGAAAGAUUAAAUCCAUUGCUUUGUGUGUCUCAAAAUGCCCAAAGACAGAGCUAAAUACUUACGAGGAUCUCACACAUUUUUCAGCAAAUAAUGGAUCAGAUUUAUGCUCUUAUGAAAUUAAACCGGACCAAUAUUCCUCUCACCCUGACAAAGCUACAAAAUGCCCUAAACUUCCUGUCCAUCCAAGUGCAUCGAUACCAUUGUUUCAUCGCUGUAUGCCAGCUAAUAUUUCCUGCUACUCCAAGUUUGCCGAAGCAUUCAUCAGUUUUGUCAGUGAUAACAGCGUGGUGCACAGGGUCGUUGCCGGAGUGAUGACCUCCAAAGAGAUCAUUAUGGGCCUGUGUCUGCUCGCUCUUGUUCUGUCUCUGAUUCUGAUGGUUGUGAUUCGCUACAUCUCAGUCGUUCUGGUGUGGAUUCUGACGGCUGUUGUCGUGGUCGGCUCAAUCGGUGGUUCUGGCGUUCUGUGGUGGCUAUAUGUGGAUCACAGAAAUUCUGUGAACGCCACUCUGCCUGCCAAUGAACUGCAGGUGGCCAAAGACAACCAGCAAGCUCUUCUCGUCUACGCCAUCGGAGCCACUGUUUGCACGGUGAUUCUGCUGUUGCUCAUGUUCUUCAUGAGGAAGCGUGUGGCUCUCACCAUCGCUCUGUUCCACGUGGCUGGUAAAGUCUUCACUCAUCUGCCUCUUCUGGCGCUGCAGCCCUUCUGGACCUUCCUCACCCUCAUGUGCUUCUGGGUUUACUGGAUCACUGUGCUCCUGUUCCUCGGAACGGCAGGAAGUCCAGUGAAGAACAACCAGACAGGUCUGGUGGAGUUCCGUAUGGACAGUCCGCUGCAGUACAUGGUGUGGUACCAUGCCGUGGGUCUCAUCUGGAUCAGCGAGUUUCUCCUCGCAUGCCAGCAGAUGACUGUGGCAGGGGCCGUCGUCACGUAUUAUUUCACCAGAGAUAAAUCUCAGCUGCCCCUCACACCAAUCAUAUCAUCUAUCCUGACUCUGAUGCGAUAUCACCUGGGCACUGUGGCUAAAGGAGCUUUCAUCAUCACUUUAGUGGAGAUUCCACGGCUUAUUCUCACCUACAUCCACACUCAGCUGAAAGGAAAGGAAAACGCAUGUGCGCGCUGCAUGCUGAAGGCGUGUAUCUGCUGUCUGUGGUGUUUAGAGAAGUGCCUCAAUUACCUGAACGUGAACGCAUACACAGCAACGGCUAUUAACAGCACCGGCUUCUGUACGUCAGCACGGGACGCCUUGUUCCUCCUGGCUGAAAAUGCUCUGCGCGUAGCAGCGAUCAACAGCGUUGGCGACUUUGUCCUGUUUUUAGGAAAGGUCUUGAUUGUGUCGUGUACGGCGUUUGCAGGCGUACUUGCGCUAAACUAUCAGCGAGAAUACACCGUGUGGGUGUUGCCUCUCCUCAUAGUGUGUGUGUUUGCCUUCCUGGUGGCUCAUUGUUUCCUGUCCAUCUUUGAGACUGUAGUAGACGUACUCUUCCUCUGUUUCGCCAUCGACACCAAGAACAACGAUGGCAGCCCGGGCAGCGAAUAUUACAUGGACAAAGAGCUUAUGGAGUUUGUAGAUAACGCCAGGAAAGCUACAGAGCGGUACAGCAAAGAGGAAGGUGACCGUGGUGAAAUGAAAUCUAUGACUGGAGGUACAUUGGCAUGAGGACCGGCAUAUUAUAUCAACCUACCGUACACUCCAAAGAAAAAUGGGUUUAAGAUGCACAAAAGUUACUAUUCAGGGAUCAUGUGACAGGCUUUUGUCAUUACUCAAAAGGACGCUUAGUUUAGAAAAGCUAAAUGUCUGCAUUUAAUCUGAAUUGAGCACAGAUGCAGGAAAUGAAACGGGAAGCUGAGUAAAAUGUGGAAUUCUGCACUCAUAUUUUUGCAUUAUUUAGCAUUUUUAGUUCAAAACUAUAUGUAUGUUUUAUACAGCAGAAAUGGUCUAAUAGUUCAUAUUUUGGUUAAAUGAAAAGCAAUAAUUGAAAUGUUGUAGUCUGUGGAAUAUAUUUUUCAUGUAACUUUUUACUUUGUACUUUUGAAAUGGUGCUUUUUGUAUCUAUAUUUUGUUUUAAAAUUGAACCUUUUUCCGUUACAAGUCUAGUUGUGAUAUACAGCCUUCUGAGCUUAAAACUAUCUAUGUUCUUAUAUGCAAACAAAACUCAUCUGUUUAGCUGAACGGUUAGUUUAAAGUCGAUACCUUAGUGUCUAGAUCUAAUAUUUUAGAGCAUUUCUUUAUUUGAACUAGUGUUACAAACAAAUAAAUUUAGUUUUAGUUCACCAAAUGAACAAGAGGAUAUUUAGAUAUCCAUUCAUGUGUGCCAAUGUAACCCCUUUUAACAAGUGCAUUUAUAUAAUGUGUAUGUACUGUAUGUACAGCUGUGGUUUUGACAGCUGCAUUGGAACACACUUGACUAAAUAAAAACCAAAGAGUAGUAC